AUGGCCACUUUCACCUUCUCCAUGUCCCUAUCAUCUUUUCGUUCCUUUGUGCCCAUUUGGCACCACCGUGCUCCCAACCACCGGAGCUUGGGCCUCUUUGACGUCACGCAGCGUAUGAGGUUGCCGCCGCCUCUCAAAUGUUCCGCCGCAGAACCCAACCAGGAAACCAAGGUUCCCGCCACUUCCUCCGGCUCCGGCGAAUGGACUCAUAAGCUGACCGCGGGGAUCGCCGGGAUCGGCUUCCUUGAAACCUCGUACCUUACCUACCUGAAGCUCGCCGGUUCCGAAGCAUUUUGUCCUAUCGGUGGUUCUCCCUGCGAUGACAUACUCAACAGUGAUUACACGCUUAUUUUCGGUGUUCCUCUUCCUUUGGUUGGGAUGGUGGCGUAUGACUUGGUUGCGGCGCUUGGUCUGCAAUUGGCCACAAAGAAGAUGUUGCCUUUUGGGAUUGGCAGGUCCAGCUCCCAGCUCAUGGUGUUGGGAACCACUACCUCCAUGGCAGCUGCUAGUGCCUAUUUCUUAUUCAUUCUCAGCACAAAAUUCUUUGGGUCGACUUGCUCAUACUGUUUACUUUCGGCAUUCUUGUCUUUCAGCGUUGAUGGUGGCUGA